AUGACAAGUAAACAGUUGCGUUUUCGUUGUUGUAGCCAUAUCCUACGUUGGAGUCGUUGGUCCGGUCGUAGUUGUUGGUCCGGUCGUAGUCGUUGGUCCGGUCGUAGUCGUUGGUCCGGUCGUAGUCGUUGGUUCGGUCGUAGUCGUUGGUCCGGUCGUAGUCGUUGGUCCGGUCGUAGUCGUUGGUCCGGUCGUAGUCGUUGGUCCGGUCGUAGUCGUUGGUCCGGUCGUAGUCGUUGGUCCGGUCGUAGUCGUUGGUCCGGUCGUUGUCGUUAUUGA